CUGAUUUCUGUAUGUUGUCAUCUGGUUUCCGACUCGUGUCCAGGAAGGUCCCAGUCGUCCAUUCCCUGGUCUGUACUUCUUCCCGUUCCUUCAUGGAUUUGAAAACUCUCCUUUCGUCCUUUAAUGACUUUGCACCCCUCUCCUUUGCUGAGAGUUGGGACAAUGUUGGGUUACUGGUAGAGCCCAGUCCACCACACACUGUAAACACACUUUUCCUGACCAAUGACUUGACCGAAGAAGUGAUGGAGGAGGCACUGCAAAAGAAGGCCGAUCUCAUUCUCUCCUACCAUCCGCCCAUUUUCCGACCCAUGAAACGCAUAACCUGGAAAACCUGGAAGGAGCGCCUGGUGAUCCGGGCUCUGGAGAACAGAGUCGGUAUCUACUCUCCUCACACGGCCUAUGAUGCUGCCCCGCAGGGAGUCAACAACUGGCUGGCCAAAGGGCUUGGAGCUUGUACUUCUCGCCCCAUAAAUCCUUCCAAAGCUGCCAGCUACCCUACAGAGGGAACGCAUCGAGUAGAAUUCAACGUCGGUCACUCCCAGGACCUGGAGAAAGUCAUGUCUGCAUUGAAAGGGAUGGCAGAUGUCUCUGUCACCUCUUUUUCUGCUAGGUUUGGUGAUGAAGAACACACGCGGAUCAGUCUGAAUUGUACCCAGGAGGGUCUGCUUCAAGUGGUGGCUUUUCUCUCCCAACACAGACAACUUUAUCAGAAGACCGAAAUUCUCUCUCUAGAGAAGCCUCUGCUUCUCCAUACCGGAAUGGGCCGGGUGUGUACACUGGAUGAGUCUGUCUCCUUGGCCACCAUGAUCGAGCGAAUCAAGAGUCACCUAAAACUACCACAUGUUCGCCUUAGUCUUGGAGUAGGGAAGACCUUAGAGUCCCAAGUCAGAGUUGUGGCCCUGUGUGCUGGUUCUGGGAGCAGUGUUCUGCAGGGUGUGGAGGCCGACCUUUACCUUACAGGUGAGAUGUCCCAUCAUGAUGUUCUGGAUGCAGCUUCCCAAGGAAUAAAUGUCAUCCUCUGUGAGCACAGCAACACUGAACGAGGCUUCCUUUCUGACCUUCGGGAUAUGCUUGGUGUUCACUUGGAGAAUAAGAUCAAUAUUAUCCUGUCAGAAACAGACAAGGAUCCUCUUCAUGUGGUAUAA